CACUUUAAUACUUCCCUACCAAACGUUCAACUCUCGUUAGUCGUUAACGUUCCUGUUUUUAUUUUUUUCGAUAGGAUUUGUUCGUUUACGUUCUUCUACCUUCAUUACAUUCAUUGCCUCAUCACUCCUUUACUUUCCAAACCAGUUUAGGGAACACAGAGAGAGAGAGAGAGAGAGAUGAUGAUAAACGGAAUUGAGGACGAAGAUAAAUGGCUGGCCGAAGGGAUCGCCGCCAUUCAACACAACGCCUUCUACAUGCACCGCGCUCUCGACGCCAAUAAUCUCCGAGAAGCCCUAAAGUACUCGGCUCAGAUGCUAUCGGAGCUUCGAACUUCGAAACUCUCACCUCACAAAUACUACGAACUCUAUAUGCGAGCGUUCGAUGAAUUGAGGAAGCUGGAGAUGUUCUUCAAAGACGAAAGCAGGCACGGGGUUUCGAUUGUGGAUCUCUAUGAACUUGUUCAGCACGCUGGCAACAUUUUGCCUAGAAUGUAUCUCCUAUGUACAGUAGGAUCUGUGUACAUCAAAUCUAAGGAGGCUCCUGCUAAGGAUGUCCUUAAAGAUCUCGUGGAAAUGUGUCGUGGUGUUCAACAUCCAAUCCGUGGGCUCUUUUUAAGAAGUUAUCUUGCUCAAAUCAGUAGAGAUAAAUUACCUGAUAUUGGUUCAGAAUAUGAAGGAGAUGCUGACUCUGUCAUGGAUUCUGUAGAAUUUGUGCUCCAGAAUUUCACUGAGAUGAAUAAGCUUUGGGUACGACAGCAGCAUCAGGGACCUGGUCGGGUGAGAGAGAAGCUGGAAAAGGAAAGGAGCGAGCUCCGUGAUCUGGUUGGGAAAAAUCUCCAUGUGCUCGGUCAAAUAGAGGGCGUGGACCUUGGAAUGUACAAAGAUGCUGUUCUUCCCAGAGUCUUAGAGCAGAUUGUCAACUGCAGUGAUGACCUUGCUCAAUAUUAUCUGAUGGAUUGCAUAAUUCAGGUCUUUCCUGAUGAGUACCAUUUACAGACCCUUGAGACAUUAUUGGGUGCUUGCCCCCAGCUUCAGCCAACAGUUGAUGUCAAGACAGUGUUAUCGCAAUUAAUGGAGAGAUUAUCAAAUUAUGCUGCUUCAAGUACAGAUGUGUUACCUGAAUUUCUGCAAGUGGAAGCUUUUGCAAAAUUGAGCAAUGCUAUUGGGAGGGUGAUAGAAGCACAGGUCAACAUGCCUAUUGUUGGAGCCAUAACUUUAUAUGUCUCUCUUCUUACAUUUACUCUCCGUGUUCAUCCUGAUCGACUUGAUUAUGUGGAUCAAGUACUGGGAGCAUGUGUUAAGAAACUCUCUGGCAAACCAAAACUUGAAGACCAAAGAGCAAAAAAACAAGUCGUUGCGCUUCUGAGUGCUCCACUGGAGAAAUACAAUGAUGCUGUCAUGGCCCUGACACUUUCUAAUUACCCCCGUGUGAUGGAUCACCUUGAUAAUGAAACAAAUAAAGUCAUGGCAAUGGUUAUUAUUGAAAGCAUCAUGAAGAAUUACACUUGCAUCUCUACUGCUCAUCAGGUUGAGGUGCUGUUCGAAUUAAUUAAAGGGCUCAUCAAGGACUUGGAUGGAACUGCUGCGGAUGAGCUUGAUGAGGAGGAUUUUAACGAAGAACAAAAUUCUGUUGCUCGGCUCAUUCACAUGCUUUAUAAUGAUGACCCAGAGGAAUUGUUAAAGAUCAUAUGUACCGUGAAGAAGAGUAUAAUGAAUGGAGGACCAAGACGCCUGCCUUUUACUGUUCCUCCUCUUAUAUUUUCUGCACUCAGGUUGAUAAGGCAAUUACAAGGUCAGGAUGGGGACGUAGCGGGAGAGGAAGUGCCUGCAACUCCGAAGAAAAUUUUUCAGAUAUUAAAUGAGAUGAUUGAAUCUCUUUCCGCUGUUCCAUCUCCUGAACUGGCAUUAAGGUUGUACCUGCAAUGUGCUGAGGCUGCUAAUGACUGUGGUCUUGAGCCUGUUGCUUAUGAAUUUUUCACUCAGGCAUUUGUAUUAUAUGAAGAAGAAAUUGCGGACUCCAAAGCCCAGGUGACUGCAAUACAUCUGAUAAUUGGAACCCUUCAGAGGUUGAAUGUAUUUGGUGUUGAGAAUAGAGAUACUCUAACACACAAGGCCACAGGGUAUUCAGCAAAGCUUCUAAAGAAACCUGAUCAGUGCAGAGCGGUUUAUGCAUGUUCACAUCUUUUUUGGGUUGAUGAUCAGGAUGGAAUUAAGGAUGGAGAAAGGGUCCUGCUUUGCUUAAAGCGUGCCUUGAGGAUUGCAAAUGCUGCUCAACAGAUGGCCAAUGUUACACGGGGUAACAGUGGGCCAGUCACACUCUUUGUUGAAAUACUGAACAAGUACCUUUAUUUUUUUGAGAAGGGAAACCCCCAAAUUACAAGUGCAGCAAUCCAGGGUCUAAUAGAAUUAAUCACAACUGAGAUGCAAAGUGAAUCUACAGCCCCCAAUGCUGCUUCAGAUGCUUUCUUUGCUAGCACGCUGCGUUACAUCCAGUUUCAGAAACAGAAAGGCGGUGCAAUGGGAGAAAAAUAUGAUUCUGUCAAGGUUUGACUUAUUAUGUGUUAAGUUAUACUACUGAAAAGUUUGGAUAUAUAAACAAGCAAGUUUGGGGCUGAGAGGAAGGAAAUGAUGGGGAGAGGUGAGCAAUGAGCACAAUUGUAUAAAAUGCCUGCACCUUGACAGGAACUCAUAUAUAGGUUUUUCUUCCGCCUCCCUUCUUUUUUCCCUUCUCCCCUUCGACCAUUUUCAUUAUUAUUUUUUUAAAAGGUAAUUAAUAAAUUAUUUUUUAUUGGUUUGA